UGGGUCCAGAAGGCACGGCGCAGCGCAUGGGGAGGCGCUGAGGUACCAUGGACAGCGCCACCGGAGGCAGCUGAGCGCCUUCCUCGGUUCAGCACCCGGCGCCUGGAAGCCAGGGAAAAGGGAGCCCGCCUGACGCCUCCAGGCUCGCCUCGCCCGGCUCCUUUCGAGAUCCGCAAACAAACUUUGCCCCGCUGCUGGCCAUCCUCCGCUGCGAAGGCGCUCCAGAUCAAAACUGUAUGACUCUGUGAUCAUCUGCAAGUGUUCUAGAUUUUUCCACUAUCAGAAACAACAAAACAGACACAAAGAUGCCAAUUCUAGAGAAAGCCGCAGAGAAGAAGGAGAAAGAAGCUCAGAGCCAAGAUGAAAUUGUGUUACCCAAACUUCCAGUCCCACCGCUGCAACAGACAUUGCAGAUGUACCUUCAGUGCAUGAAACAUUUGGUGCCAGAGGAACAAUAUAAGAAAACAAAAGUCAUAGUAGAAAAGUUUGGAGCACCAGGAGGCCAAGGAGAAUUCCUACAGCAAAAGCUGCUGGAGAGGCGUGAAAAAACGAGUAACUGGGUUUUAAACUACUGGCUGGAUGACAUGUACCUCAACAACCGACUGGCUCUUCCGGUCAAUUCCAGCCCGGCAAUUAUCUUUGCUCACCAACAAUUCCAAGAUGCAAACGAUCAGCUAAGGUUUGCUGCAAAUCUCAUUUCUGGAGUUCUUGAUUAUAAAGCUCUGCUGGACACCCAUGCUAUACCUGUUGAUUUUGCUCGUGGACAGCUGUCUGGUCAUCCUCUCUGUAUGAAGCAAUACUAUGGACUCUUUUCUUCCUAUCGUCUUCCAGGACAUACCAAAGAUACCCUUGUGGCCCAGAAAAGCAAUAUCAUGCCAGAACCAGAACAUAUAAUUGUUGCUUGUAACAAUCAGUUUUUUGUUUUGGAUGUUGUCAUUAAUUUCCGCCGUCUCAGUGAGGGGGAUCUUUUCACCCAGUUACAGAAGAUAGUCAAAAUGUCAGAGAAUGAAGAAGAGAGGCUGCCUCCAAUUGGUCUCUUGACAUCUGAUGGGAGAACAGAGUGGGCUGAUGCCAGAACAGUGCUGGUUGAAGAUUCAACCAAUCGGGACUCGCUUGAUAUGAUUGAACGAAGCUUGUGCUUAGUAUGCCUUGAUAGCCCAAGUGGGGAAGAACUCAAUGACACUAGCAUGGCUUUGAAACUUCUACAUGGGGGAGGCUACAACAAAAAUGGUGCCAACCGCUGGUAUGAUAAGCCCAUGCAGCUUGUUGUGGGAAGAGAUGGAGUUUGUGGAACAGUGUGUGAACAUUCCCCUUUUGAAGGAAUCGUCCUGGUACAGUGCAUCGAACAUCUCCUCAGACACAUGAAAGAAGGUGCAAAGAAGUUGGUCAGAGCAGAUUCAGUGAGUGAACUUCCUGCUCCAAGGAGACUACGGUGGAAAUGUUCUCCAGAAAUUCGGGGACAUUUGGCAUCAGCCUCAGAAAAACUUCAAAGAAUGGUGAAGAAUCUAGAUUUUAUUGUAUAUAAAUUUGAAAACUAUGGGAAAGAGUUCAUCAAGAAACAGAAGAUGAGCCCAGAUGCAUACGUCCAGGUGGCACUACAACUGGCAUUUUACAGGUUGUAUGGGAAACUUGUUUCUACCUAUGAAAGUGCAUCCAUACGCCGCUUUGAAGAUGGGAGAGUAGACAACAUCCGAUCAGCCACUCCUGAAGCUUUGGCUUUUGCGAAAGAAAUGGUGGAUAAGAAAUCAUCUCUACAAGACUCUGAGAAAAUGCAGCUGCUUAAGGAUGCAAUAACUGCUCAGACUAAUUAUACUAUAUUGGCUAUUACUGGUAUGGCGAUAGACAAUCACUUGCUGGGCCUGCGAGAGAUGGCCCGAGAACACUUCAAGGAACUGCCAGACAUAUUUACUGAUGAAACAUAUUUGACAAGUAAUCGAUUUAUUCUGUCCACCAGCCAGGUUCCAACUACUAUGGAAAUGUUCUGCUGCUACGGGCCUGUGAUCCCGAAUGGCUAUGGUGCCUGCUACAAUCCACAGCCAGAGCACAUCUUGUUCUGCAUUUCAAGUUUUAAAGACUGUAAAGAGACGUCCUCCAGCAAAUUUGCGAAAGCCGUGGGAGAAAGUCUCCUGGAUAUGAAAGAGCUGUGCCACAAAUGCAACGUGACUCAGACAAGCAGCCCAGCUAAACAAGCAGCACCUUCAACAUCUCAGCUGGGCCGUAAGCAGUAACUGGGUGUGCACUGUAACCUUCCCUUUCCUCUCUUUUGCAGCUGCUUCUUAAGGUUGAAUAACAUUGCUGGGCAAAAGCAAGCAGAAGACAAGACCCUUGUUCAGUCUUUCUGGAUCUGGCACCCCCCGGGUAAUCCUGGACUGUCAUUCCCAUCAACCCCAGCCAGAUUGUUGGCUGUGGGUGAUGGGAGUGGCAGCCAAGCACCUCUGGAGAGAAGGCUGGCCUAUUUGUAGAGAAGAAAUUGCCCUAAGCUUUUCCUUUAGCUUAGAUUUCUACUGAUAUUUAUCAAGAUGGCCUAAAAAGGAAAUCUUGUAUAUCCAGAAAGAACAAAGAAAAGUCCUUGUGUUCCCCAAGGUUUCACAAAUGCAAGAGUGGAUGAUGCCUUUUAUUGGACCACUAAAUAUUUACAGCACUACUAAGCCUGAAAACGUAGAAUUUUAUCGACAAAAGUUUGCAAUUUGUUUAAUUCUUUUGUGGUCCAAUAAAAGGUACCGCCCAUGCCUACAGUUGUCUGAAAAGCAAAUGUUUUGGUUUUGCACAAGAAUUAAUGAGAAAUGGGACCAUGUACAAGUCAUCUCAAUGCAUGUUUGGAAAUAUGCACUUAAAUAAAUAAUAGUAUUUUAUGAAUAUUGCAGGUAAGUUGCAAUACAGUGGCCAAGGCAUGCUCCCAUUUCUUGGAAGCCAAAUCUUCCCUUGUGGGAACAUCUCUAUCAAUUUACUCUUUUAAGGCUCCCACCAUGAACCUUCUCACCCUCCACCUCUCAGGUAUGAGUGAGGUACAACUACCGUAGACAUGGCUGCUGCGGAAGAAAGUUACAGUUUGAUACCACUUUGAUAGUCUGGGCUUUCUUCCAUGGAAUCCUGGCAUUUGCAGUUCAAUGAGAAUUCUUUGUUCUAAUGCUCUAAUGCGUAUCCCAAAUGAUAGCAGAAAAUUUUUAGUAUCUCAUCAGCCUACAAAUGUCAGGAUUCCAUAGGUUGGAGCCUUGGCAAUUUGAAGUGCUAUCAAACUGCUGUGACUGUGUCACACAGAUACAUUUCCAGUCUUGUUGCUCCACAUACCACUUGAUCUCUUGAGACCUGAUACAAUACUAUGGACAAACUGCUUUGGAUAUGGUCCCAGAUUCAAAUCCCCACUGAGCUGUACAGUUCUGUGGGCGAGGCCUUCCAUUCAUUCUCACCAUCAUCUGCUACAAAUUCUCCUGAAAUUCAAAAGCGAAUAGCCCCAUGCAACACUGUACUGUAUUGGAAGAAAGUUGGAGAUUUGUCUCCCCCAGAUGUACUAGACUGCAGUUCUCACUAUCUGCAAUUCUGAUCCCAAACAUUUGGAGAGCAAUAGGUUGAGGUAAAUUCAAUGAAAAACUGAUGUGGGAAUGUUUUUAAAGCAUGAGGAACUGUUGUUAGAGAAAGCUAAAAGGCACAGAAGCCCUCAUCAGGCAUUUCAAAUGGGUGGUGAUUAAAUAUGUGAGGACAGGGAAUGUGCAGCAGAGGCUCCUUUGUGGUGGAGCAGGAUCUCUUUGUGGCUAGGAAGAAAUCAGUGUUCCUAAUUUCAUAAGCAGAGGAGACUCAGCUCCUCAGAAAAUCACUCCCCACAUGCAGAGGGCAACGGGGGGGGGGGCAAGGUGAGUGGCCCUCCACCUCCUUAUGGGCCUAACCAGCCUUCAGCCUGAAUGCCUCAGGAGGGCUGAAGAGAGAGGAGCCCUGACCUGCAUGCAGCUAAAGGGCCUUUCUGAAUCACCUCGCAUUAAUUAUUUUAUCAAUUAGUAAGAAGAUGAAAUUCUGCUUUUUAAAAAAACUGUCCUCAGGUAAUACAGCAUUUGAAACAUAUUUUCUUCACUGUUAGGGAUAGAUAAUUUUUUCAGGUUUUUUCCCCUAAAUGGAGAGAAAUAUCCUAACCCAGUGAUGACAAACCUUUUGAGGCCAAGUGCCCGAAUCACUGGGCAUCCUCCGGAGGGCAGCCAAGGGGUGCCUUUUCCCCCUCCUCAAAUAUAGGCAGGACCCUCACCUGGGCUUCCUGGGCUGUGCUCUGCCCCACUUGCCCGUUCUCCUGCGGUGCUGGAGGCACAGUCAAUGGGCAGCCGCGGGGGGCAGCUGAGUGCGGCUCCUUCUUUGCGUCCUCCUCCUCCUGCCGCUGUCCGAUUGCCUCCUCCAGCACCACUCGUGGGGGUGAAGAAGUCCGGUGAGUUCGAUCUGAGCCCGACAGCGAGUGCCACCCUGCCCCUCCCCAGGCCGGCAUGGGUGGUGGUAUCGGCAUGGCUCGUGUGCCGACAGAGAGGGCUCUGGAUGCCAGCUGUGGCACGCGUGCCAUAGGUUCACCAUCGCUAUCCUAACCUGUUACUACAUCUAAUUUCAAUUGGGGGGAGGCAGCAGGGGAGGUGCUGUGCAUCAGAUGGCAUGUAGACCACUUAAAAUGCAUAGCUCAAAUACAGAACAUAUGUUUCCCCUGCCAAACACACUCUGGGCCUGAUCCCUCGCAUCUCCACCAAUAGGAAUGGGCAAGAAACCCACCUGAAACCCUGGUGAGUUGCUGUCCCUCAGUGUAAUUGAGAAUGUUAAGCUUGAUGGGUCUGUGGUCACGGUCUGGGUGCUUUCCAUGUUCCCUUGAUAACCCCCUGCUGUCAAUAUAAAUGUCCUAUUAUACUCUUGGACAUAGGCACACAACCCUCUGUAUUCUGCGACAACAAAGAACGGUGUAGCACGUUAAAGAUGCAGAAGAUUGGUUUAAAGAGCUGCUCCUCUUGAAACUGGUCUUUCUUACAGUAUCUUUGGACAUAUCUAUGUAUGAUUGCCAUUUUCUACCUUGCUCCCUGCAAGGUGCUCGAUAGCUGAAGUUUGUCACGACAUUCUUGUGGCUGACCGACUAAACACCAGGGAAAUGUUGCCUUGUAUAAUGCCGUACCUCCGCCUUUUCUUUCUUUUUAAAGACUCCUUGCCACAUUGCAGGUUAAAUGCUAAUGUAGCAGCACAGGCCGUACCACGUGUAUCCAGUGAUUUAAGCUCUAGAAAUGGAAACACAGCUUGACAGUAAAACGACACGUCACUGGAAACUUUAAAAUUGAGAUGUUGAAAUACUUGUGAAGUGCAUGUUCUCUACCCAAUACAAUCUACUAGUUUCUGGUUGAAUAGAAACUAGAUAGUGUCUCUACUCUAUGUAUGUAACUUGGACAAAACACACUUUUCUGUGUGGCUAAUUCAUGCUGUGUGGUUGGUUUCUACAAAUAUAUCUAUGAACUCUUCUGUGAUCAUGUCACAUCAUGUCAUAACUCUGUGACGCGAUGUCUGUGUAUGUGAAUUUCAGGGAGUGUUUAGUACUUGGUAAUUCCAUAUAAAAUUAGUCGUAUUAGAGCAGUAGAAUGCAAUGUUAUUCUGCACCUUUGAUAUAUAACCACAGCAUGUCUAUCUAUGCAACCUGAAUAGCAUAUUUACACAAGUGUUCAGCUACUCAACGGCAAAACAGGCCUUGCACAAGAACUUUAAGGGGGUUCGUGCACAGAUGGAAUUCAGAAGUAUAUUUAUUUAGGAGUGAGAGGUCACCUCAUUGCUAAAGAAAUAUUUUUAAUGAAUUUUAUUUUGCCUUGAACAUUUUGACCUAAGGAAAGUUGGGCCUUGGCAGCAAAAAUAAGCACCUGUUACAAGCCCAACAGCUGCAGAGCACCACUGGAUAUACAGGAAAUGUCCCUGGAAAAGACAGGUUGCAUUUCCUCAGGCUGCCUUCGCAGUGUCACAGGAAUCCAGGCACAUGAAAUGUACCACCUGGUCUGGUGCCACUAGGGUGAUAGCGGUGGCAUGUAGCAGACAGAUUGCUUGACUUGGGGUUGGAUGGUCCUGAGUUCAAAUCCUGAAAAUCGUACUGGGUGAUGUUAGGGUAGUCAUUCAUUCAUGAGCUAAAUUAUCCUCAAGUGGUGGUGGUGGGUGUUUGUGUGUAAGGGGUGGGAGAAGAGUCAUGAAUGUUGCCCUGAACUCCUCAGAGAGAGAGCAAGAGAAAAAUAUAACCAGCCAUCUAGUUUACUAUAUGGAUUGUUGAGUGAACCAGCAAGAGCUGAAAUGCAAAGAAUGGAAUACCAGAACACUCUGCAUAAUCCAUGGUUGUUGACUUAAUAGCUGCAAUGUUUCACGUUAAGAACUCCUGUUUCAUGCAGUAUACAUGUAUAAACACAUACACGCAAUAUGAGCCAAAUCAAGCACUUUAAUGGAGAUUGUGAGAGUGUUUCCCGAAGUUUUCAAGGGAUUCAUGGGGGGGGGGUGAGGAUGUUACUGGGGUGUGUGCAAAGGAUCCUGCUCUUCCCACCUCAGUCCAGAUGGCUGCUGUGUAUACUGGAAGAAUCAGACAUGCUCACUGUCUUGUGUUAGUGUCGUGUCUCAUUUGACCAGGAUUCAUAAAUAAAACAAAGUAAUAUUCUUUUCAUAAUAGUAGCAUAUAUGAGACCUCUUUGCUCCUGGACUUAUUCCGGUAAGCUGCCGAGAUAGAAUUAAUGAUAUAACACUUAAUGGCAAUAUAUCCCUACUUUUUAUAUUGUGUGCUACAUGAUAUUUAAAGUUAAUAUUUUAGCGAUAUUUUAUUUUUAUAAUAUAGUAUAGAUUUAUGGCAAAUUGAAGGUGUAUUUUUCUCCUCUUUGUUUCUAGCCUGACUAUAUGUUUUGUGCUUAAAAUAUAUAUAAACUCUUCUGGUAGACAACACCCAAGUGAUCUGUAAAGGAUAUUCUGAAUUCAAAAUACAG